AUGAUUACCUUAACCUCUCUUGCAGCAGAAGCAGCUCAUCUACAAGGCCUCACAGCCGAUAACACUUUCUCAGAUGCUUUGUGGGAGGCCCUCAGCUUGGAGGACUCUCUGGAGAGGGAGCGCGAAAAACAACGGGACUUGGAGCGACAAAUUGUCAAUCAUCCCACGGCUAGUAACCUACCAAGGCUGAUUAUCCGUCGUAAUGCUGUUGCAGAAGUCCUGAGCGCAAUUAGGGUGCAAACUUUUGCUGCAUUCUGCUCACUUUCGAAGAAAGAGCAGCGCCUUUUCUGGCAUUUCCAUGCGGAGAGGAAUUGUCGCUUGGUCCAGCGCCGCGCGUUGUGA